UUCUUCCCCGCAUCCAUAAUGGCAAUUUCCAAAUCAACACAAUCGCCUUUGGGUUGGCCCCUCUUCUCCAAUUUCCUCACCCCCUUUCCCCACCCAUUUUCCCCCAUCGCAAUUUCCCCACUCUUUCCCAUUUCCAAUUGGCCCAUUCUUCCCCCCACCCAAAAUGGCAAUUUCAAAUCACGAUCACCUUUGUGGUUGGCCCAAAUUGGCCCCUUUCCCCACCCAUUUUCCCCCAUCGCAAUUUCCCCACUCUCUCCCAUCUCCAAUUUACCCAUUCUUUCCCACCCCACGCCCAUAAUGCCAAUUUUCAAAUCAAAAUUGCGCGGGCCCAUUCCCAAUCGGCCACUCUUUUCAAAUUGCCCACCUUUCCCAUUAGCAGAAAAAAUCAGUAAAAAGUGUGUAUAUUGGUGCUCAACAUAUUAUGCAGAAUCAGACCCAAUGGAAACAUCGAAAUCUUCUUUUUACAGUAUAACAAUAUGAUUCAACAUUAGGUCAACUGUAGAAACAAUGGAUUCAAACGAGUUAAGGUCAACGAUCUGUUUAGAAUUUGGAAGUAAUUUACAACUACCAGGAAAGAAUGUGGGGAUUUUCUUCCAUUAUGAUUCUUGUCAAGCAAACUAUCAACUAGAUUGUCCUCUGUGUAUUUAGAUGAAAGAAUACUAGUACUCGUUGGUAUUUCGUCCGCCAAGUCUACUUGGGUAAGUUCUUCCAAUAAAUCCAUACAAUCGUGAAGCAAUCGGUAUUAAAUAGACUAUCGAGGAUAUAUAAAUACUAUAUGAACCAAAGUCUAGGGUAUAACGACUCUUUUUAUUGGACAGAGAGUUUUAUAGUGUCACGAUAAAAGAUCUUGAUGAGCUACAGGACUCAUAAUAGACGGACAACCCAGUGUGGUUCAAACAACCCAUUUCAUUCUAGUAGCACUAUCCAAUAAAUAUUCAUCUUGAGAAUGCAAAAUGAAACUACCUCCUAUCUAUAUCACGUACCUUGUAUAAAUCUUUUACAAUGGUU